AUGGCGGAGCUGCCGCUGGCGGGGGGCUUGCUGGACCUGCGCCCCGGUGGCAAGCUCUCCCCGAAGCCCCCGCCCCCGCCGCUGCCCAUGCCCUGCCGCCGGAGCCCGCCGCGCUCCCAGGUCGCCGCGGCCGUGGCAUCGCCGUGCCGCGCCGUCCCCGAGCUCCACUCCACCACCGAGCUGGCGGACGGGAGCGUCGUGUUCCACUUCGCGCACCCGCCUGUGAAAGACCACCCGGAGCCCAAGGCGUCCGGCCCCGACCCUGGGCACGCGGAUGCCUCGGCCUCGCCGCGCCCGGAGCUGCGCGUCGAGGAGCCGAAUCCACACACGGCAGCUGACGCCGGUGAGAUUUCGCUGGCCUCGUCGGAGGCGCCCGAACAGGCCGUCAGCUCCGGUGUCGGUGUUGAAGCGGAGGCCGGGUUGGCUAGUGGAAGGGCAGUUCUCCCGGCCGACUGCCAGCUCGAUACUGACGGCAGUGGAGGUGAGCUUGGUGCCUCGGAGGAGAGUGAGGCUGUGGAGGCGGACACGACGGCGCCUGCUGGUUUGGAGGAGGUGGAUGCGGAUGCGGGAGCUUCGUCGGAAGGCUCUGUCACUCAGGAUUCCCACACUGGCGUGGAUGCAGAGUGUAGCAGCGACGACCAAGAGGCCACGGAAUCCGGAAUUACCAUCCCACCAGCAGCGGGAGAAGUUCACAACAAGGUGGAUCGGGAAAAGAACACUUCAGAAGUGAAGAGUUCUGAUAGGACGGUUCCAGUAGCCUCAUCGACGCUUUUGUUGACAUCGGGUGCUGCAAUCUUGCCUCAUCCUUCGAAGGCAGCGACAGGCGGAGAAGAUGCUUAUUUUAUUGAACACAAUGGUUGGUUUGGUGUGGCAGAUGGAGUUGGUCAGUGGUCAUUUGAAGGAAUCAACGCAGGACUUUAUGCAAGAGAGCUUAUGGAUGGCUGUAAAAAAGUAAUAGCAGAAAGUGAAGGAGGCUCUGAGCUUUCACCCGAGCAAGUUCUCUCCAAGGCUGCAGCAGAAGCAAGGUCUCCUGGUUCUUCGACUGUCUUAGUUGCUCACUUUGAUGGCCAGCUUCUUCAUGUAUCAAAUAUUGGAGACUCGGGGUUUCUGGUGAUAAGGAAUGGAGAAGUACACGCGAAAUCAAAACCAAUGGUUUAUGGCUUCAAUUUUCCACAUCAAAUCGAGAAAGGGGUUGAUCCCUUAACCCUUGUAGAGAAUUAUACCAUUGACAUAGAGGAAGGUGAUGUCAUUAUAGCAGCCACCGAUGGCCUCUUCGACAACGUCUACGAACAAGAAUCGGCAGCCAUGAUCUCGAAAUCUUUGCAGGCAGAUCUAAAACCAGCGGAGAUGGCCGAGCACCUUGCUGCCAGGGCACAUGAGGUAGGGAGGUCUGGAGCACGGAGAAGCCCAUUUUCAGACUCUGCCGUCGCGGCGGGUUACCUAGGUUUCAGCGGGGGGAAACUGGACGACACAGCCGUCGUUGUGUCGAUCGUCCGGAGAUCCGAAGCUUAA